AUGACCUUGUACAGGCCGGCAACCUACCUUUAUACAUCAGCACACCUCUCCUCCUCGUCUCAGCCACUAAUAUCAGCAUCAUCACCCAUUUCGGCCACCGCUGCACUCUUCUUCUACAGACUUCCAACUUAUCUUGGAGGUGAAUUCGCCUACCAUCGAGUCUGGAACCGUUUGAUUGCCACUUCUGCUUCUGAGGCCGAGCGAUUCUGGCAAGGUGUCUUGAAAACCUCUUGCGUCAGGGAAUACCGGAAAAUCGUUGCACAUGAUAUGGUGGCAUCUCUUCACCAAAUUGAAAUUGAAGAUAGUGACUUGGCUCGUGGAUCGGGCGGUGUCGCUGGUGCUCUGCACGGUGCAGUUGGGGUCAUUGAAGAAGAGGAUGAUGUCCAGCUCGAUGACUCCUCGUCGCAAAGCGAAACUGGCGAUACUUCCAGCAUAGCCCAAGAGCCUUGCCACCUCUACUGCGAAAAUGAAGACACCUUCGCAUCAGCCACAGGAGUCUCAACUCCCGCCACAAGCCAUGGAGAUGCCAAUAACUCGCUCACAGUCGAAGAAUGUCAUGGCGAGCCUCCGAAAGACGGCAUUGCUCAUGCUUCAGCCUCCAAUCUUGCAAGGUCACAAGACUUCCUUGAGUAUCAACUUGCUCGACACGCCUACCAAGUGCGCAACCUUGAGGAAGGGUUGCAAUAUCAACAAUCCCUGAGCUCAGGUCUCCGUUCACAGCUAGUCGACUGUGAAGGCAGACUCGACGUUACCGAAGCUAAGCUGCGCGAGGCUGAACGUCAACGCAGUUUGUAUGAGGCUGAAUCAGAUGAUGCUUCCCAACUGAUAUUGAAGUUGCAGCAAGAACUGGCUUCGACCAAACGCCAACUUGAAGAGAAGCCAGCCACUCCUGCUCCACCUCAAUACCAUCAUGUCGUCAAUGCUACUGCUGCUGGUUUCGAUGUCCCAGCCAUCAUGGCUUCCUACAAUCAUGUUUGCAAAGCAGCGAAAGUGGCAAAGGCUGACUCUGAAUAUAUGCGAGGUAUGCUGCAGGAGGGGAUCAAGGAGCGAGAUUCCUUGGACCGACAAUUGCACCAGAGAGACGGCCGUGUCGACGAAGUCAACCAAUGGCUCCAGGGACAGCUCUCCCAAGCCACUGACCUGAAUGGCCACCUUCGUGACAACAUCAAAGGUUUAGAAGGCCAGAUCAACCAUCUCCUCGAGGCGAAGGAGGUCUCUGACCAACUUACCUCCGAGUUAGAAGCUCGCGUCGCAGAGGUUCAAGCCAAUAACGAAACCUUGUUGCAUGACUUCACCAACAAGCUGAUCGCGGAUCCUCAAGAUAUCGUCGACCCAACCAUGUGCACGUACAACGAGGCCAGAGACCUCCGCAACCAGGUUGAGACGGCGCAGGCAAUAUCGGCUCAAUUCGUCGAAGUCAACCAGGAUUUGACUAAGGAGCUCGACGAUGAGAAAAAGAAGUCAAGCUCCCUCCAGACUGAGAGGGACCUUCUCAACAACAAAUGUGCCAGACUCGCCGCGAACUAUGAAGUUUUGGAGGACAAGGUCGAGCAUUGGAUGGAGAUCUUGCCCAAGGUCCUACGACGUCAGCCUGAAGUGCUUGAAGAUGAAUACGCCACGUGGAAAGAGGAGUACUAUCGUCAAUCUCGGGCGCACGUCGCCAAGACGAAGAGAAAGCUCAAGACUGCAGCACUCGACGUCUCCCAGAUUGAGUCCACACUGGCCAAAGUGAAGGGACAGCACAAAGUGGAAGUGGCCCAUCUCAAGGAAUCUCUCUCCGAGCUGCACAGCAAGAAUAUUGAACUGGAAGCGGAGAACUUCAACACCGGUCGAGAUGUUCACGACGCCCAGGAACGUGUGAGCUUGCUGGAAAGCCAACUUGCACAGAGCAACCAGGCCGCCCAGCGGUGGAGAGAACAGUGCGAAAAUCAGGCCUGGGGGGACACAGCUGCGAUCGUCCGAGCCGCACAUCGAGACGAGGUCGAUAGGCUGAAGGAUCAAAAUUAUGCCGUCCAGCACAUGAACACCGAGCUGAGACUCGGAAAAGAGGCUGCUGCGCAGGACGUCGACCUGUUCAAGUGGAAUUUCGCCGAGACGAUCACCAAAAUGGGCGAGUUCGAAGCCGAGUGGGCGUUCGCACGAGCCAAGACGGACGCCUUGGAAGAACGAUUCGCCGAGGUGUUGAUGAGAGAUCCACUGCGCAUCCAGAAGCGGGAUGCGUUUGACGAGCUAAGCCACGAGCAGAAGCAGCUGCUUGUCCGGACCGAGGACGCUUGGAUUGUCAUUGCCACAGGCAUCAACCUAGGACGCGGUUACGAUCCUGAGCCAGAGUCGCCGGCGAUGGGUGUUUGGGAGACAUUUAUGGCCGAGAUUAAGGCAUGGCAAGAGAAGCACGACAAGCAGGCUUCAGAAGACGCAUCAUCGAAUGCGCAAGGUGGGAAGCAGGUGUGA